AGCAUCGCAUUUAAUACUUCGUUCGUUUUUCUAGUAAUUAAAAACUCUAACACGCAGUAUGAAUUAUAUUACUCAGAUUAUUCACAUUCUUGCACAACGUGAAAAAUACUUCUAAGCAAAAGUGACUUCCCGUGACUAUUUUUCAUUAAAAACAAGAAAUAUCAUUUUCGAGAAUAGAUACUAAAAAUCAAUCAAACAUAAAAGAAAACAGCAAUUAUCAUAAUUAAAGAAUUAAAUAUUUACUGUCAAGUUUCUUAAAUAAUAAAGAAGUUGUGUUCUCUCUUGUGACUUAAAAGUUGAAAUACUUCUGUUCGUCAUGAACGCUAUCAAGAAACAGUUGCAAACGCUGAAGCUCGAAAAAGAUCUCGCGAUGGACAAGGCUGAUCUGUGCGAUCAGCAAGCAAAAGAGGCAACCCGAAGGGAAGAAAAAUUAAAGGACGAGGUUCGUGAUUUGGCGAAAAAAUUGGUGCAAAUGGAGCACGAUCUCGAAGUGAGCAAGGCUCAGCUGGUAAAAUCGAACAAGGAUCUUGAAAUGAAAGAGAGGAUCUACAUCGUGACACAAUCGGAACUGGCGGUGUUGAAUAGAAAAAUGCAACAGUGCAUGCAGAAUUUAGAGAAGUCCGAAGAACGACGGUUGUCUGCUCAGGCAAAACUCGCGCAAGCCAUGGAAACAGCGGAAGACGCAAAGCGUAUUUGCAAAGUUCUGGAAAACAGAAGCAAGCAAGACGAAGAGAGAAUGGAUCAAUUGAUGGCGCAGCUGAGAGAAGCCAGGCUCAUUGCUGAAGACGCCGACAUGAAAUCGGAUGAGAUUUCGAAAAAAUUAGCGUUUGUCGAGGAUGAGCUCGAGGCUGCAGAAGAAAGAGUUAAAUCGAGCGAGGCGAAAAUUCUCGAAAGAGAGGAUGAGUUGUUCAUCGUUGGUAACAUACUGAAGUCUUUAGAAGUGUCGGAAGAAAAAGCUAAUCAGAGAGUGGAAGAGUUUAAAGCUCAGUUGAAGGAAUUAAAAAUCAAACUAAAAGCUGCCGAGAAACGUGCCAUAAUCGCUGAAAAAACUGUCAAGAUAUUCACGAAGGAAAUGGACAAAAGAGAAGAUUAUCUGUUAAAAGAGAAGGAAAAAUACAAAUUUAUUUGCGACGAUCUGGACUCUACGUUUUCAGAGCUUACGGGAUAUUGAAACGAAAACGUUUCUAUCGAAUGUUUAAUCGAUUAUUAUAUUUUCACAAUCACAAGAUUUUUUGCGUGCUUUGUGUGCAAAUUUAAAUCACAUAUUCAUGUAGUUUUUUUUGUUGUAUACAUCUCAUAAGGUUGAACUCAGAAAACAUCCACUCUGUGUACUUUACACGAUAUCAAUUUAUUUAAUCGAUUCUACGAUCGACACAAUGCAUCGAAAUUCCGUACCACAGAUUUAAUACAGUUUAAAUUUUAAAUCGCAAUAUAUUAUUAUUAUUAUUAUUUAUUUCUUUUUUUUUUCGUUUUUUUUUUUUAAUCGCACAACCUCCGAUCGCAGAACGGAGAGAAAAACUUGCCACAACACUUCUUUACACUUUACUCCUUGCGAUGACUUUUGCAGACAGACUCGCUUCUCUUUAGGUUUUUGUUUUUUUUUUUUUUUUUUUUUUUUCUACACGUUAAUCGUAGUUACAAUAAUAAUUGUCCAUUUGAUUUGUUCACUCUCGCCUCCCAUUCGUAUCGAUGCAACAAUUAAAUUGUGCAAUUCUUCGAGUUGCACGGAUUUUAUCGCAGAGAGGAUGACGAGGGAUGCACCGAGUUAUGUCAUUGCAUCAAUUUUCGAGGACCGUUUAUAUAUAAAACUGUUCGCGACACAAAGCAAAUUACACAGUAAAAACCGUCGUGAUUAGUUUUAAAAGUAUCAAUCGAAUAAAUGGGCGAAAAAUUGUA